ACAAACCUAAAGUAUGACAGGUUAACCGUGCAUGAUGUGCGGGCUAUUCUGCCGUUGUAAUCUGCAAAUUUAAAUCAUGCAGAAUUUUACCAAGUGUCCGAAGCGGCACUAUGUAGCGCCCAGUAAAAUAUUUAAUUUUUCAGCCAAAAACGUAUAUCCCCAUCCCAAGGAAAGAAUCCUGUUUGAUAUUAAACAUUUGAGUUGCAUGCGUAAUCAUGGAUCCGAUAGGUUAUUACUCCCUGCGUAUUAUCAUGCUUACAAAAAAAUACGCAAGGAAAUUCACGCUAUACAGUCUGCAUGGUUGCGCGGCAACACAAGUACAUUCAACUUCUCCCCAAGGUUUGAUAGCGUGAGAUAUUUUAAUACAACAUGCAGCAACUUUAACAAACAAUCGCCGAAGCAAUCUGGCUCCGAGAAUCCAGACAAGGGACCUAACAAAAAUGAAGAGGUGAAAGUACUUGUUCGCAAGCUCUCUAUGUUGUUCAUGUUAUUGUACGUUUUCCUGAUCGCGUUGAAACAACAGAUAGACACAUCGAACUUAGAACCUAUGACAUCCAUUUCCUGGAAUGAAUUCGUAUAUCAUAUGUUGAGCAAAGGGGAAGUUGAAGCCAUUCUUGUGAAUCCUGCUAUCGAUCAUGUCGUAGUUUUGGUUCACAGGGAUGCUAUUAUUAAGGGGACAAGAUCCCCACACAGUAGAUAUUACAUGUCUGUUCCAAACAUUGAGCAAUUUGAAGAAAAGCUGAGAAGGGUGGAGAAAGAUCUUGGCAUAAAAUCUGGCCAGGGAGUGCAAGUUGUGUACGAGAGAAGAAUGGAGAAGAUGACGAGCAUCAUAAAAUUUAUGUUUAUCGCGACGCUAGUUAUCGCCAUCUUCGCUUUGUUUUCGUCACGUUUCUCUAUCAAUCCCUUCGAGUUCAUCUCGCAGAUGAAGCAGGCGAAAUUCACGUUAGUCGAACCUUUCGCGGGGCAAGGCAAAGGUGUGCACUUCGCGGAUGUGGCUGGCCUGAAGGAAGCUAAGACAGAAGUGAUGGAGUUUGUUGAUUAUCUCAAGCAUCCGGAGCGUUACAAAGUGCUCGGUGCUAAGGUACCGCAAGGCGCCCUGCUUCUAGGACCUCCUGGUUGCGGCAAAACCUUAUUGGCUAAAGCUGUGGCGACUGAAGCGAGCGUUCCAUUCUUAUCUAUGAACGGUUCCGAGUUUAUCGAAGUGUUUGGCGGUUUAGGAGCUGCCCGAGUCAGAGAUUUGUUUAAAGAAGCCAAAAAGAGAGCCCCAAGUAUCAUAUACAUCGAUGAAAUUGACGCAAUUGGCAAGAAACGUUCAGACAGUUCAUUAGGAUUUACUAACAGCGAGUCCGAACGAACCCUGAAUCAACUUUUGGUAGAAAUGGAUGGAAUGAUCGCGAAGGAAGAUGUUAUCAUAUUGGCCUCGACGAACAGGGCGGAGGUGUUGGACAAAGCAUUACUGAGACCUGGCAGAUUCGACAGGCACAUCUUGAUCGAUCUUCCGACGUUAGACGAGAGACAACAGAUCUUCGAGACUCACCUCAAGAGAAUAUCUUUGCAGAACGAACCAUCGAAAUAUUCGGAAUACUUGGCUUAUCUCACACCUGGCUUCAGCGGUGCCGACAUAGCGAAUGUCUGCAACGAAGCCGCGCUACACGCUGCGAGGGACAAGAAGAAACAAGUCGACAGCGGCGAUCUCAUGUAUGCCAUCGAUCGAACGAUCGGCGGCUUGACGAAGAGAAAUAAUCCGCUGACACCGUCCACGAAACGUGUUGUCGCCUACCACGAAGCCGGUCACGCUUUAGUGGGCUGGUUACUGGAACACACCGAUGCUUUGCUCAAAGUAACGAUAGUGCCGCGGACCAACUUGAGCUUAGGGUUCGCCCAAUACACCGAAUCCGAUCAGAAGCUCCACAGCAAAGAGGAACUGUUCGAGCGAAUGUGCAUGAUGCUGGGCGGCCGGGCGGCGGAGCACAUAAAGUUCGAUAAGAUUUCGACCGGCGCGGAGAACGACUUGAAGAAAGUAACGAAGACUGCGUACAUGCAGGUCCAACAAUUUGGAAUGAACCCGAUUAUAGGUUUAGUUUCUUUCCACGAAAAUUAUACUGACACGAAAGACAAGAAACCAUACAGUAAGAAGUUAGCCAAUUUAAUGGAUACUGAGGUGAGAAAAAUGAUCGCGGAAGCGUACGAGCGAACUCGGAAAUUACUUUUGGACAAUAAAGACAAAUUGGAUGUGCUUGCGCAAGCUCUGCUGGAAAAGGAAACGUUGACGUACGAUGAUGUGGAAAAAUUAAUUGGGCCGCCACCGUACGGAAAGAAGCGACUUGUGGAGCCGGCAGAGUUUGAAAAAUCUGGUCCAGUUAGGGAAUCCCCGUCGGUGGACAGAGUAACAGCAUAGUGAAAAAUGUUUCAAAUAUUGUUUUGUAGAUAUUUGUACUAUAAUAUCAAGAUCAGUAUGAUAAACGUAUAAAAAAAAACUUUUUUGAUAAAUUAUUUGAAAAAGUUUGCAAAUUGUGUUGCUAUAAUGCGUAUACACACAUAUUCUAUCCAUCAUGUAUAAACGUACGCUGGUCAUUAUGUAUGUUUUACAACUAAAUUUGAUUAACAGGAAUAAAUGAAAUCAUACGAA